UGAAAUCCAACAGGCAGGAACCAGAGCAACUGAAGAAAACACAAAGCACGUAACAUUGACUGUGUAGGAAAAGCAGGAAACGUUGACAGUGUACAAGUACAAACUGCAUCAGUAGAGCUUCCACAGGACUGACAUAACAUCGCAUUACGAGUUGUAACAUGGCGGAUACACUGAUGAAGCAAAGUCUGAGUCUGUUAGUUUCAGAUCAGUGGAAUACAACUGGAAUCAUUGAAAACAAUAUUUACUUUCUGGUAUUUACGUAGUACUUUAGUACACUUGAUUCGUUCAAUCAACCACGUGUUCUGUGUUUUUCACUUAGAAAUACAGUUAUGUGUAUUGUAAAUCAGACCGCGCUUUCGAACCCGGCGUCCCGCAGGUUUGAUACGACACGAGGCGGGUAUUGAUUGGCCACCCGACUACAGGGCUGGGGUGGUGAGGAGAUGGACACCAUGACCAGAGUAUCCAGAUAAAUCUCCCAAACACCUUUAAUCACACCAACUGAGCAGCCAGGGACUACCUUUCACCUGUACGGAUAGCAAACCUGGGAGUAACGGUAACCUUGUCGGACAUCAGACGAUAACAGCUGUGAGUCAGCGUGACCUGACCUCGCGUGGAAGCGUCGCGCGACAACGACACCCUGCGAUCAUCAACUCCGUCUCGUGAUCUCCACACGGCUUCUACUUUCUGUUCCUCCUGUGUGCUAGCUGUCGUCGUCUGCACUGCAUUGUGACACAUCAUCGACCUACUACUUCACACUGUGCGUAUAUUCCACACACACGACCCUCGCAGGACGCAUUCACUCCAAGAAAACGGUGCUCACGUCGUCUUCCUCCUAACUUCCUGAACUCUUCCUCCUGCUCACCAUGAGUUCUCAGGGCUCGGACUAUGGAGGUAAGAGUGUAGCAAACAGUUCUACAGGGUCGAGUGGCGGUGAGAAUCAGCAGCCAGGGUCAACUAGCGGCAGUAGCGCCACUCCGGAAAGUCGCAUUGACUGUGGUACUGACACGGGACAUGUUGCUGGUACAAGUAGCAGUGAUGAUGAUGACAACGAACCUCCCGAAAUAUGCCCUAGAGGCCAGUAUGAACAGAAACUACGUGAGUAUCAGGAUACAGAAACUCAAGCCUUUGUAUUCGGUUCUUCGGGGCUACAAGAAUCCAAGAAACCACCACACGAAAAUUUUAUUUCAAACGAAGCAGACAAGAAUGAACCCACGAAAUUCCCCCUUGGAAAGCGAGACCUACAAGAACAAUCUUUUGUGUUAGGUCCUCCGAACCAGAAUGAUCCCAAUAAACCGCCUCCUGUAAACCAGGACCCAAAAGGGCAAUCUUUUUUAUUCAGCUUCACAGCUCAAAAUGAACCUAGUAAACAUCCUCCUGCAAACCAGGACCAAAAAGAGACAUCUUUUGAAUUCAGAUUCACGGAUCAAAAUAAACCCAUGAAACCAGAUCCUUCAAACCAGGACCCCAAAGGCCAGGGUUUUCUAUUCGGCUUUCCAAAUCUCAAUGAACCAGUACAGCGCCUCGAGCAAAUCAGGAUCCAAAGGGGCAAGGUUUUGUAUUCGGCUUUACAGGUCAGAAUAAACCAAGCAAACCACCUCCUACAAACCAGAAUCAAGCAGAAAGACUUUUGUAUUCGGUCUUACAGGCCAAAAUGAACCUAGAAAAUCACCUCCUUCAAACAAGGAUCUACAGGGACAGCAUUUAAAUUCGGCCCUACAGGCCUGAAGACAUUCAACGAACCAAGUCCUGUAAGCCAGAAACCUAAAGGACAAACAUUUGUAUUCGGCACUGAAAGCCCAGACGUCCCCAAUAAGUCACCUAAAGCAAAUCUGGAUACAAGAGGGCCGGACCUUGUAGUCGAUGCAAAUAAACCAACUGAGCAGUCUUCGUGUUUUCCGGUCUUGACGACACCUCCUUCAGUGAGCAACACAACAUUCGUGCUGAGGGAGAGAGACGUUGACAAAAAUGUCACUACAGUGAACCGCACGAGCCUUACAAGAUCUUCAGUCCAGAAGAAAAGUGGUUCUGAGAGAAAUGUGUCAAAGUCUGAUAGUGUUAGGGUGAGAAGAUCACUUUAUCAAAGCGAUACAACAGUCCAAGAUCAUGGUCAAAGUUUGACAAAUUCUUUAGCUGUCUCAAAACGUCUCCAGUCUCAAUUCCUACUCCGGAGAGAGUAUCUAUUGGUCAUCCACCCAGUCAGUCAGGUGAAAUGCAUAGACUUCAAAAACUUUUGGUAUCUUUUGCUGAACGGUUGACAGACAACGAAAACAUAGGCCUGUCACACGAGCAGCUUGAAAGAAAGCUUCGAGAGAAAGACGACGAUUUACGGGAAAAGAAUAGAAAAAUUGCCGAACUUGAAGAAAAACACAGUGAAGAACGAGGUAGAUGGGAGAAGAAUCUCGAGGAGAAGAAUAAUGCUCUGAAAGAGAAAGAAGACUUACUUCAAAAGAUAAAAAAUGAUUUAGAAUCGUGUAAAAGAAAAGCUUAGCAGCACAAAAUUGAUUUCAAGAAGCCUGAAGGACAGCAUGAAGCAUGCGGAAGCAGAAAAAGACAAAGCCACACGCGAAAAGAUGGAAGUGGAGGCGAAAAUCAAGCAGCUUGAAAACGAGAGAACUUUAAAGAAAGAUACCUCUGAUGACAUGUUGAAAAGGAACAUAUUUCUUCAAAAGAAAUACUUGGCGUGGAAGGUCGUGGGUUUGAUAGGUUCAAAGGUCCUAGUAAAUCUAAGGCAGAGUCACGAUGAAGCAACGAAAGAGCUGGAGGAAAAGCAAACCUUGAAUAGAAUGCUUCAAUCUGUAAUUAAAAGAUGCUCUGGAUGAGGCUCGUUCUAAGGAGGAAGCUUGGCUAAACGAUGAAGCAUUGUUGAAUGGACAGAUCGCCGAACUUCAACAGAAGCUGCAAGACUGUGCUGCAAGGUGUGAAGAGCUGGAACAAGAAAAGACUUCACUAAUCAUGGAGAAUGAUGACCUUAAGAGUAACAUACAGGACCUGAAUGUCACUAAGCAACUACUUCAGGCAGAGAACGAUGACCUGAAAGCCAAGCUACAGGGGGCGGGACAGAUGGUAGAGAACGACAGACGUCAAUUAACGAGCAUGCAGAUGAAAAAUCAAGAAAUGGAAGCCAAGACCAGGGCAGCAACAGAUCAAAUGAAGUCAACAGCCCAGACCGUCGUCACGCUCCAGAUGAGGGUGACCCAGGCAGAGACUACAGUUGACCUUCUCAGAAAAGAGAUGGACACCAAGAAUCAUCGCCUUCACGAGCUUCAAAACACUGUGGAAAAGUUGAGUACAGAGAAGUUGUCUCAAGACCUGCAACUUCAGAAAGCCAAGUUCGACAUCUCUAGUCUCGAGAACAAGGUGGAGGAAGCGCAGAGUGAGAUCCAGACACUAAAGGCCACAGUUGAGACAUACAAAGGUGAGAUAGAAAGGGGAGCCAAGGUGCUUGCAGAAAGAACCAGCGAGAUCGAGCGACUUCACCAGGAGCUGACUCGCAAAGAAGACGAGAUUAUGCGGCACAUGACUGAGGCUGAAAUAGCCAGGAAUCUCCAGAGGGCAAGAAAUAAUCCUAGAAAUCCAAACAACACUUUUUAAUAAGGAAGAAAAGAAGGGAAGAAGGCAUACCUAGAUGAGUAAUACCAGAAAAGUAAAGCAAACGGACUUUGGAGAGAGUUCUGAGGAGAAGAGGCGAAAAAUAAUAAUACAGAAAAUCUACGCAGCGGCCCAGCGGUCUUCCAGGACUGACAAGGAAUAAACUAAACUAAACGCUUGUUUAUGUGUCAGAAUGUUAAGAGGUAAAACAAAUUCUGAAUUAAGUCUUUUACUUUGAUUAAAGAUUGUAUAUUUGCUCGAGGUUACAUAGCUGCUGCAAUGUACAAUAAAGCUGUUACAUCAUCACAUUGGUCCAUUUUCAAUAUUAACUUUGGUCCUUAAUUUUGUUUUUGUCAUAUUUUACGUGACUCUUUCAUGUCACGAAAAAGAAAAUUUCACUUAAGAUUAAUUUUUAUUCAAUUUUGUAUUGUACAUCAAAACAUUUAGCAUUCGUACUCGAGGAUGGAAUGAAACCCAAUUUUUAUUACUAAAGAGACUCGUUACUUGUUGUUUUGUAACUAUUCAUUUAUCAAUUGUUAUAAUAAUAUUUUUGUUAUUAAAAAACCUCACAGACA